ACCAGUUCUGUCGCGUCCGUCGCGUCCUCACAGCUGCGCCCUGCCCGUGUAUAAAGACCCGUCGCUCCUCCCCUCGACAUCGCCUGGUUUUCGCAAUCUGCUCGCACUAUCUUCGCUUCAACAGGAACCGCGACAUGUCUCUCUCCUAGACUACUCGCGUCCUAUGCGGGAUGCGCUGCCAUCAACAUCAAUGGCGGGGUUCGGGGGCCCAAAUACCAAUGUCACGCGACAAAGCCAUCAUGCGCCUUCACAGCCAACUCCCUCGAGACGAUCGCUGCCAGACGGGCCAUGCAACUAUCGCGACGCGCACGUAGGCCAGUGUGGAUGUGACCAGUUUUGGGACAAGCUCAGCGCCGAGCUGCACGAUGAGAGCGCCGACCAUCGGCCUAGCAGCGAGCGCUCAACCUGGUGUGUCUGCGGGCACCAUGCCUGCUUCCAUCUGAGGGCGUCGCGGGCGCCAGAAAGGCAGGCGCUUUCGAUCAAUCUCCCGCUGCAGUCACUGUAUGCGACUGGUGAAGAGCCGCGACAAUCACUGUCAGGCGCGCAAUGCGACACGAGUGCGGGCUUACGGCAACUGGGCGACAACCUUCUGUCUGAAGGGGGUCAAGCCAUAUACAAUGAGCGCAUGCACCAGCGGCCCAGUCCUAGCCAGCGCCCCCAGCGACAGCCCUCCGGGACCAACUCGUUUGGUCGCUUGCUACAAAGUCAGGACACUCCAUCACAAAUCAGCACGAGCGGCCUUCCUGGACUUCCUUCCGUGUGCUUGCUAUCUCAUGAAAGCCGCCCAGUAGCUAACAGCGAAGCUAGGUAUGGCGUGAAUCAGUCGCGCCAGACGGUGACAGGUCUUGGUCUUUCUACGAUGAACUUGGAGAGCAUGGCUCAGCUUAACCGUCAACAGUCGCCUACACCCACCAUACCCGACGACAUCAACAUCGUUCAUACCCCGCAAAAGCUACCCAACGAGCCCAUCAUCUCCCCUGGCAGAGCGAACACGGCGCAAGAAGGGGCGAACGUUACCAGCCCGUCGCGCGGCAUCCUCGAGCACGUCUUUGAGUUCAACCGCAACUUCCAGCCCGACGAGCCUGGCGAUACCAUACCAAACACCUACAAUCCCGAAGAAUACGUGCAGAGCGCUACCGAGGUGGCUACUCCAAGCGUUGGGAACACUCCAGAUCUGAGCGCUGCUGAUCGGGCUGUACAGGAUGGGAAGGACAUGAUUGACGCGAUGAAGCGCAUCACCUCGGAAAUCCAACAGCAAUCGACAGGCUCACCCGAGCGACAGACAUAUGGCACAGUUCCCACCCAGCUCUUGCCGAGGAACGCUCCUGCAGGACCACAAGAACAGCUGCACAACCUCCUCCAAUCUGCUCCCCCACAAGGCCUCCAGAAGCUAGUCUCCUACCUUGCUCCUCUCCAUAACCUAUUGAAUUCGAUACCCAAUGUAGCCAAGACAAUGCAGGAACUUGGUAGCCGCCUAGACUUGCUGGAGAACGGAUCUUUCAACUAUGUUCAACCGGAGGAUUUGAACAAUACUUUGGACAUGUAUGAGGGUAGGCUCAUUGAUGUCGAGCAUCGCAUGGAUGAACAUGAACGGAUGCAUGAAGCUAUGGAGGAGCAAAGUAGCACUAGCUCCUUCAGCCGAAGGCGCAUCGGCAACAUCACCACGUCCUUUGACUCCAACCACUCUGUGGAUUCCACGACUUCUUCCGCCCUUAUCCUCGCGGCCAUGGAUCGCAAAGACACAGAGAUGGAGCUUGAUAGCAUCAAAGAGAGAUUAGAUGUGUUGGAAGCCGCGGCGCCGCCCACAUCCUUGCAACCUUGGGAAGUAGAAGUUGUCCUAUUACCAUGGGGUCCCGACUUGAAAGGCAUCUGGUUCUCGCCUGAUGAGCCCAUGCAUGACAUAGCCAAGACUACAACCCAAAACUCUGAAGAGUGGACUCAGGCUCACACAUCCAAGCCCAUCAAGGGCCUACCAUUUCUUGGACGAGAUUCAGAUUCAAGCCCAUACCCUGGUACUCGAAGUUCAGCUAGAGGAUCUAUAAAUAGCCAAGCCGAAAACGGAUGGAGCAGCCAAGACAUCAGCAACUGGGCUUCAGGAUCUACGGAUGACUGGCUGUUUCCCAAAGCCUGUGGAAGCAAUAACUUGGUCUACAAGCGACUUCAAAGCAGAGGUUUCGUCCGAGAUGUUACCUUUAGAGGUUCCAGCGCUAAAGAUAUUCAAGAAGCUUUGUCACAGGCUUUUUCUGAUGUCUUUGACUACCUACAGUAUGAUGACAGCGACGAAAACCCCAUGGUUUCUGCGUACCCAGGUCUUCGAGCGCCCUACAUACCGCUACGGAAGGUACUCAAGGAGUCGCGACUACGUUUUCUCACGCCCGCCGAAAUGUCCAGCAGUGCGCUUUGGAAUGCUCAGUUUCUUUCAGCCGGCGUCAUGAUGAGAGUGUCAGGCGGGAAGAAGAGGCUUUACGUGACAGUCCGCGAAGCCUACACCCAACAAGUCGAUCGUAAUGAGUUCGUCGUUAUGGAACAGUCAUGGCCAGAGCUGCGCCAACUACCUCGAUACCAACCCGACCAAGAUUCGCAGAUGGAAGGCAACGACGAACAGUGCCAAGCGCACGUUCCCGAAGCAGAUGCAAAAGAAGCAUGCUGGCAGUUCGUUGAAACGUAUGAUGCUCCGCCUGCCAGUGUGCAUUCGUCUUUCGGAAGCAACCAGUCUGUUCAACUGUCCAUGCGCCCUGCUGGCCAAAAUUGGCGACGGUCAAUCACUCCCAAUUCGAUAUUGAAGAACAAGCAACCCCAGCCCAUUUCGCCACUAAGCGAGAACCAUCUGCAACGUCCACUCUACUAUCGCAACCGUACGGUAUCUGCUUCGGUUAUCGACACCGUCACACCUCGUCAGUCGAAACGCCGCUUCAACCCGUCCAUCGUUGAGCAAUCCUCUGCCCCGCAGCCAAUCUCGCGUGCACCCAGCCUGCCAUCAGCGAGGCUGAAGCGACGUCGCGUGACGAAUUCCUCCUCUCCGCGUCCCGAGGAAGCACACGUCACGAUAUGGAAUGCGACCCCCCGGCAAUCACGAGAGCCGCCGUCACCCUUCUACUCCUCACAGCCUGCACUACCACGAUCAAACUCAGACGUAAUGAGCAGACCAAGCCAGCGAUCUGUCGCUUUAGCAGGUAAAUCAACGCCUUUCGCCUACGCGACACCGCACUCAGGACCCUUCCCGGCUGGCCCUGGUUUCAACGCUUACAACAAUGGCGGCGAUACUGAACCAGACGAUGACAAUGACGCGUACGAAAAUGACGAUGGGGAGAAAAGCUGGCGUGGCGUAACCGAUGACGAUAACGAUAACGAUAACGAUAGCGCUUCGAGCUCGGUUCUUGAUGCCGAGACUGGGGCGCAAGAGGCAGCUAGUUUCUCAGGCGAUGACAGCGGGUUUGGCAGUGAUAACGGAGAGGAUAGCGAUGCACCAUCGGAGGACGAUGGGGAGAUUUAUGCGCAGCGUCAGCAGGAGGAGGAAGAUGAAGACGACGAGGAUGUGUUUGAUUCUUUGCUUAGUAUCAUUGAGGCCUAGAUAUACAGGGUUGAUCCAUGGAUGCUUUGGAUAUCAACAUGGCGCCGCACACCGAGAGCAUGGAAUCUGGAUACUCGGCAUCCAGCUUGGAGUACAUGUGGAGAGAAGUACACAUUUAUCAGCAUAGGCGUUCUGAGGCAGGGAGAUUUUGUACUAUAUUGCUUCCAUCGUACUUGCAGCGUUUUGUCCUCCUUUUCGGAACCUUGUUCUUUCGGUUCCUGAUUAGCAAAGUGUGUCUUUGUAUACUACUAAAAUUGGUCGUUGGGGUAUGGUUAUACGAUUAGGUUAGUGGCGGUGGUGGAACGUCCCUCUUCUCUCUACAUUCAUGGAGGGUGAGCUGGAAAAUGGAUAGCUUAGAUUUAUUUCUGGUGCAUCAGUCACUU